AUGCAUCAAAUGCUUAAUGCAAUUAUGCCGUUGCUCCCAGCGUCUUCGACAGGGAAACCUGUGCGAAGGAAGCGUAUGGAGCUAAUUCUCCAGAAGGCACUUGACGUUUCGGUUCAUGAUGCAUCGCUUGUGGAUUUACGAUCAUUUUUGGAAAGUGAGUGUGGUGGAGAUGAGGAGCUAUUGGCCGCCUUCUUUUCGCCAUCAUCGCCCGAGAGCCCAGAGCAUGAUAGUGUUGAAGAAGUGGCGGCACAGGCGGUGCUAAGCUUGCGACAAAAGGUUGAAACGCUAUUUGGAUGGCUCUGUGAAACUCACGACGUGGACACAGAGCUACUGGAGCUUGAGGAUGUCAUAAAUCAGGCCGAAGAGAGACGUUUGCGUCGAGUAGAUGAGAAAGAUGCGAUAGUUCAGGAAACAUCGGAAGGGGAAAAAGACGAGCAAAAUCAGACGCAGGAAGAAACGUCGCCUGAAGCACAAAUUCGAGCAGAACGCUUGCGUGCGAAGCAGGAAGAGAAAAAGGAGCUGGAGAAUCUAGUGGCGACGCUAGAAGCCAAGAAUAAGGAUCUGCAAAAAGCUGUCGAAGAGAAACGACGUGUUGCGAUUGCAGACGUACAACGGAUGCAACGUGCAGCCAUGCAGCUAGAGGAGGCGAGCGAAUUUGCUCAAAACUAUGCUUCUUCUAUGUAG